AGGAAGUAUGCAGACGGACACAUGUAGUUGAUGGUCAAACUUUAUGUGUUCUUAUGCACUACGAAGGAUUUCAGCAAAGAUGUAAAUCUAGAUGCACAAAACCUAGCAACAAUCCAGACUAUGGAAAGGAAGAAGAAGCUAAGAGCGAUACAGCCUGUGAAGCACAGGUGGCUGUGGGAAUGUUCCGAAUCCCUGAACCGAUAAUAAUUCAGUCGAUAGAUCACAGGAAAAUAGAAUUCAUAAUGAAAUCACCAGCAGAAAAGGCAUCGUUUGAAUUUCUUUUGCUAUCUUAUCAUGCUCGUGUGAAGUGGCCAGAAUUAACUGAAAUGAAUUGUACACUUGAAAUAAUUAGCACUUUAGCAAAACAUUUUAAGAAUUGUACAAGUUUAUCCAAAACAUGGACAACAACUGUAAGCAAACAAACCGAAACAUUCUUUGAUAUGUUAUGUGUGAAUGAGUUGUCAAUUUCACAAGAAAUCUGGGACAAUGUAGAGAAACAUUUACCAUCCGGUAAUGAGCAUGUGAUUGUUAGAGCAAUCAAGAAGUUCCGAAAAGUGUCCAUUGUUGGUCAUAAGAUCGAAGCAAAUGAAAUUACAAUGCUUAUUGAAGAUAUAAUUGAAAACUUUAAAAUCGUAGUUAAUAAAAGAAAAUGCGAGGGUUUCGAGGAGAUUGAUGUCCAAGAAUAUCAACUUUAUAUACUGAAUUAUUCUCAAUUUGCAGUAGAUAUGCAGUCGCAAUAUAAUGAUUUGGCUGUUACUUUGGAUUUCAAAAAAUUUAAAGUGAUAUUCACAGGCACGACCGAAAAAAUAGUGGAAGCAAAGGUUAAAAUGUUUGAGAUUUUGGGAAAAAUAAAAUGUGACCUUCGUGGAGAGUUUUGUGAUCAAUUUAUACAAUAUUUGUCGAUACAAGAAGUAGAUGAGUUUGUGAGAACGCAAUUCUAUAAAAAAGGUGCAUUUGGCGCUUGGGAAUUCCAAAAAGGUAAUGCUAUUGGGAUGUACUCUUUUUCAGGUCACGAAGCCGGUGUUGCAUUUGACAUGCUUUUGACAUCAAUAGUCAACGAACAGCUGUACAUUUCUAACAGUAAAUGCGUGGCUCUUGACAGUGAACAGUGGUUGAACGAGCAGAAAACAAUUAGGCGGAUUCAUCAGAAAGCAUUAAUUGAAAUUUAUAUAGUUAAUGGAUUGUCUGAUAGAAAUGUCUCUAUCUAUUCGAUUUCCGCCAGGGCGGCGCGUAGUGUGCAUGGGGAAAUUAAAAAGUUUUUUUCACAAUAUACUCCCCUUAACUUCCCGAUUAAUCCUACAAAAACAUGGAAAGAAGACGAAAAUAUUAAGCCGACAGAAAACACAUGGAAGAUAGAGAAAUAUUUACAGCCAACAGCAAACACAUGGACGGCAGACAGAUAUAUAAAGCCGACAGCAAAAAGAUGGAAGGAAGGCGGAUAUAUAAAGCCCACAACAAGAACAUGGAAGAAAGACAAAUAUAUAAAGCCGAUAGCAAAAACUUGGCUUACACGAACAGGCCAGUCCAUUUAUACUCUUGUUGGAGACAUAACCUGCUUGGAUGUGGAUGUCAUUGUUAAUUCUGUAAACAAAAAUCAUCAAUUAAAACAGGGAUUAGCAAGACUUAUGGUUGACAAAGGCGGUGACAUCAUUAGAAGGGAGUGCAAUGACUACAUUAGACGAAAUGGUACGUUAGAAGAGGGAGAUGUCAUGUGGACAUCUGCUGGGGAUCUACCCUGUAAAUGGAUACUUCAUGCUGUGAGUCCUGUGUGGAAGAAUGGUCGUAGUAAUGAAUUCGGAAAUCUUUAUGACUGUAUAUGGCAAUCCUUUGGGAAAGCAUACAGACGAGAAUGUUCUUCUAUUGCAAUCCCAGCAUUAAGUACUGGUAUUUCUGGUUUUCCAGCAAACAGGUCUACAGAUACUAUUGUAAAGGCUAUUCAUGAUUACAUGAAAAAGAAUGGGCACUAUACUUCAAUUCAACAAGUAUACCUCUGUGAUAUAAACACAGAUACUAUCGAUCAUUUUGAGUCCGCUUUAGACUUGUAUUUUCCUUACACUUUACUUACAGACUACCAACAUGAUCUUUUUCAUUCUGACAUUUGAAAAAAACAGACUGAAUAUUGUUUGGUGAUUGAAAAACUCAACCACCCACCCACCCACCACUAUUUCUUGCAAUACCUCGCAUAAUAUAUGAACGUAUUUUUGUUGUGUCUGUAAUACAUUUUCACACAAUUUGUAAUGCAUUUCUAUAAUUCAAUGUUUACUGAUUUUGUGUUAUAUCUCGUCUCACUUUUUUUUAAUAUGUACCACCUUUGAUAAGUAUUUAGUAUGACGAUAAAUUUUCACUUCUGCACUCGUACUCUGAACAACAAAUUUAUUAAUUUUGUAAAAAAUGUUUACUUCCGU